GGAUACGGGUUUGUCAGGGAAGAUUUUGGCUAUGCUCUGCAACGAUUAUCUUCUCCUGUUUGUGCCACGCUGGUCAGUGUCGCAGUUCAGAGUUAGCGUAGAGAGUGUAACAUCAGUUGGUUCGUUGGAACAGAUCAGUGCGUGUGUGUGUUCCGAGUACUGGUGCAACCAUGUUAUCAACUCUGCUGCUCGGCCGUUGUUCCCUUCUCGCUCUUUUUCUUCUUACUCUAACCACUUCACACGCUCUGCCUCGAGGUCGCAAUGACAGGGCUAGGGCUGUCAGGAAUGAGUACGAUUGGACAAUAACAAGACGAUCACUGGAUCGCCGAAUCUCCGAUGGCGUUAUGCAGCGAAGGGAUUCCUAUCACACUGGAGAAGUGGCGAAUGUCUUCGGCCUGGUCGGCAGUCGAUUGCUGCGCGACGCGUGCGGCAAUGUCAAUACUGGAAAACGAAUGCUGGGAUCACAGGACGAUCAAGAGGUAAAUGGAUGCCAGACGGCGCGACGCUCGGCAGCACGUCAACUCCAGCACGGUCGUCGAACUCUACCAGACUUCGAGCCGGAGCGAGCUCCCUACACAGUAACAACUGCGGCCCGCUCUCACAAUAAUGCACGGUAUCGAGGAGCUCUGAGCAAAAGGGCUGACAUAGCUGGCCAAGAGUACGCCAUGGGCCUUAAGAUUGUAUAAGCGACUCCAUUAAUGUGUGAAAGGCCCAUGAUUGGGAGAGCCCUGGAUAGUUUUUCCCAAUACAUUGUACGUACGAUCGUCUGAGUAUGACAUUCACUCUUUUUAUGUUUCAAGCCAAUGUUUGGCGUUUAUUACUGACAUGUGUAUGCCAGUAAACAUGAAUGAGCCAAAAAAGGUCUCCGAUAAUUAAUAACACGACACACUCUAACCCGUAUUCUGUGAUGCUCAAUAACAUGCAUGUAUUAACUCCAAUCUUCUCUUAUCCUCCUACGUACAAUGCCAGUGACCGUGACACAGUA